AUGGUCAACUGUCCCAUCUGCGGCCAGUCGGUGAAACAAGCCAACAUCAACAACCACAUCGAUUCCAACUGUAUCCAAGACAUCGAACCACCGUCAACGCAGCAGGAUAAUAAUCAUAAUGCCUCAACUUCAUCCAAUGGCACACCGGCAGCGUCGGUUGCCAGCUUCUUCAAGACCCCGGCGAAGCGCGAUGCUGCGGCCAUGACAACUCCCAUCUUCUCCUCUUCUCAGCCAGUCGGUGGUUCGUCAAUGAGGGAUCGAAACAAGACGGGUCCUCAGCGGCAGCACGACGAUGCUGCAGCGGUGAGUUGGAUAUCAAGACAGCUGCCAUCGCAGCAGCAUGCGGGAAAGAAGAGCGAGGGGUCACAACAUGUAAAUAGCGGCAGCCAUGCUGAUAUCUAUGGGGCGGCCGCUCCAACAACGCCACAACAGCGGUCGCAACCCCCGCCAGCGAAAAAGCUAAAGACGAACGGCGCAUUCGAAAAAGCAGCACCACUGGCAGAGCGCAUGCGCCCCAAGACGCUCGACGACGUAUGCGGACAAGACCUCGUCGGGCCGGACGGUGUGCUCCGGGGUUUGAUCGAGCAAGACCGAGUGCCGAGCAUGAUCCUCUGGGGCGGGGCGGGGACGGGCAAAACGACCAUCGCGCGCGUCAUCGCAUCCAUGGUCGGCAGCCGCUUCGUCGAGAUCAACAGCACGAGCUCGGGCGUCGCCGAGUGCAAGAAAAUAUUCGCCGAGGCCAGAAACGAGUUGGCCCUUACAUCCCGCAAGACCAUCUUUUUCUGCGAUGAAAUCCACCGCUUCAGUAAGAGCCAGCAGGACGUCUUCCUGGGACCCGUCGAGGCGGGCCAUGUCACGCUCAUUGGUGCCACGACGGAAAACCCUAGCUUCAAGGUCCAGAAUGCGCUGUUGAGUCGCUGUCGCACUUUUACGUUGCAGAAGUUGUCGGAUGCGGAUGUCUGUGAGAUUCUCAAGCGGGCCGUCGAAGCCGAGAGGGACAACUACAAUCCCUCGCCGCUGGUUAAUGAUGAGUUGAUCGCCUACUUGGCCGCAUUCGCCGAUGGGGACGCACGCACCGCGCUGAAUCUACUGGAGCUCGCGAUGGAACUCUCCCAGCGGCCGAGCAUGACGCUGGAAUCACUCAAGCAAGCCCUCACCAAGACGCUCGUCUACGACCGCGCAGGCGACCAACACUACGACACAAUCUCGGCGUUCCACAAGUCGGUGCGCGGCGGCGACGCCGACGCCGCUCUGUACUAUCUCGCACGCAUGAUUCAGUCCGGGGAAGACGCGCUGUACAUCGCACGGCGGAUGAUCGUCAUCGCGUCCGAGGACGUCGGCCUCGCGGACAAUACCCUACUACCGCUCGCGACGGCAGCAUAUACGGCAGCAGAGAAGGUCGGCAUGCCCGAGGCGCGCAUCAAUCUGGCGCAUGUCACAGUUGCGCUGUGCCGGGCAAAGAAGUCGACGAGAGCGUACCGCGGCCUGGGCAAUGCGCUGCGUGCGCUGCAGGAGCCGGGCAUCGCGGGUCUGCCGAUCCCGGUUCACCUGAGGAAUGCGCCGACUCGCUUGAUGAAGGAGCUGGGCUAUGGCCAGGAGUAUAAGUAUAAUCCGGACUAUGUUGAUGGCGAAGUCAAGCAGGAAUAUUUGCCGGAGAAGUUGAGGGGCAGGACGUUUCUCGAGGAUAGGGAUCUCGGCGAGAAGGUUGAUUUUGAGCUUUUGGCGGAGCGGGAGGCGAGGGAUGAGGAUGGGGAGAAUGAAGAGUCGAGGGACUAUGGGUGA